AUGAACAUAUUAGAUGACUGUGUAAGGUCGCUUCAAGCUAGGCCAUCCCCACAUGUACUGCGUUGUAUUUUAAACUUUAUUAAAGAAAAACGCCACACAGCUGAAGACGCACUUAAAGCUCUUGGUAGCUCUGGGAUUUCUCAGCUGUUUGAAUGACUGUAUUCAGAUGAUGUUGAACUUAGAAAAGUUUCUGCGCUUUUUAUAUGUGAGCUUGCCUAUGAUAACCAUCAAGCCCAAAUAAUGAUUUGUCAAGCAAUGAACUAUACACCUUUGCAAGGGAAAGUUUGUAUCAAUAAACUUCCUAGCUCUGCCCCUUGAUCGAGCCACACAUUGAAAUUUCCUAAAAAUUGGAAAAAAUUCCAUCCUCAUAGAACGACUUACAUUUGUUAAAAACGAAAACCAGCUCCUCUUAUUAUUAGAUAUAUUAAAGUAUAAUAUCAUUUACUCAACUCUAAUAUUAAUAUCUAAUAUAUUUGUAAUAUAUCGCAUACUCAAUCUCUUUAAGCUACAUAAAUAUUUUAUAUUAUAAAAACUAAUAAAACAUUUUUAAUCCCCUUCAUUGAUCGAACUAUAGCUCAGUCAAGAAAGAAGAUUAAGCGAAUUGAAACUUUGAUUAAAGAAAGACCUGAGCUGCUAAAACUGCUUAAAAAAGUGGAAAGUGAUAAGGUUAAAUAUUGGUCCUUUCCUCCUUUGGACCAAAUGACAUACAAAUCAUCGUUGGAAAAUUUAUUUUUCUUCCCAGACCCUAUGGAGUAUAUGCUUGGUUUUUUAGCAGUUCCAGCACCAACAAGACCAAAGUUUUUAAAUACAACAACGAGUUAUUUUUCUGAUGAUUUUGAAUCAACUGAUAAUUCUGAAGACAUAAAAGAUAGAAGCAAUACAAUGGUGAGGAAAAACUUAGAAGCGUUAAAAGAGCCUGCUUCCUAUUCGCCAAAAAUGUAUAAUUAUGAUAACCAAGAAAUGAUAGCAGGACCUGUAGAGGUAAAUUCACCUAGAGCACCGAUGUUUAAGCCUUUGACACCAAAAAUGGCCAGUCAUCAAAAUAAUUUCGAUGGGAUUGAAGCUAGCAUAAAUAGAAUAAAAGGAGCGCUAAAAGAGCUGGCCCAGCCUACUUCAACUAGGGCAUACUCGCCAAACAGAAACUAUUUAAGCCCUACAAGAGCUUCAGCGUUGAAAACAAGAGACAGAUCAAACCCAAAGCCGUCACAAAGCCCUGAUAUAGUAUUGCUGUCAACGAAAAGGAAAGAACUGACUAGUAAGCUGGAGAAAUUAAUCAGGAGUCCUUUGCAUUCUCCAAAUCGAAGAAUUCAUUAA